GGAUCAAUAUUUCCCGCGCUGUCGUUUGACAAGCACAGCAAAGUGAAAAAUAUUGCUUAAAUGUGACUAAAUUCGCAAGCAACAUGUACGACGAUGUGGACAAGUACAGGAAAAUAGAGAAAAUCGGCGAAGGAACGUACGGAGUAGUUUACAAGGCGAACGACAAGAAGACGGGCAAAUUUGUGGCUCUCAAGAAGAUUCGUCUCGAAAGUGAGACAGACGGCGUGCCUUCGACGGCCAUUCGGGAGAUUUCCCUGCUGAAGGACCUCAAACAUCCCGCCAUUGUCAAUCUCCACGACGUAAUAAUAGGCGAUGGCAGCAUAUUUAUGGUCUUUGAGUGUCUCAACAUGGACCUGAAGAAGAUGCUGGAACAGAAAAAGGAUCUCCUCACUCCCAAGCUCGUGAAGAGCUACAUGCAUCAAAUGCUCGACGCACUCGCCUUCUGCCAGGCGCAUCGGAUCCUGCACCGAGACCUGAAGCCCCAGAACCUCCUGGUGGACAAGGCGGGUCACAUAAAGCUGGCGGAUUUCGGCCUGGCGCGCUGCUUCAACAUCCCCAUGAGUUCUUACACGCACGAAGUCGUCACGCUGUGGUAUCGCGCUCCUGAGAUCCUUCUGGGCACGAAGCUCUACACCACCGCCGUGGACACGUGGAGUCUGGGCUGCAUCUUCGCCGAGAUGAUCAUCAAGCGAGCUCUCUUCCCUGGCGACAGUGAGAUUCAGCAGCUGUACAAGAUCUUCGAACUGCUGGGCACGCCAAAUAACAACACAUGGCCAGGAAUUGCGCAGAUGCCAGAGUACAAGGCCAGCUUCCCGCGCUGGGAGCGACAAUCACUCCCGGCAGAGAUUAUCCGUCAGGGCGCAGAUCAGCUGCUUCUGCAACUGCUCGAGUUCGAUCCCCACAGACGCAUCUCCGCCCAGAAUGCCAUGCUGGACAGCUACUUCAGUGACAUGGAACACGUGAAAUUCGUCGAUCUGCCCGUGGAUUCACCCUAAUAUACUCGCACACGAAUGUUCGAUUGCCAUACAAUUUCAUUUUUGUCUGAAUGGAU